AUGGCUGCGCCACCGAACCCGAACGACUUCGCUGAUCGUGGAGGAUUGGCUUUCAGGGGCGGUGGGCCGAUCUUGAAAGCGGAGGCCCCGCCGCCGCGCUAUCAUCUCCACCCUCUCAAUAACCCGGGCAAAAGCACGCUCGUAAUGAUGUUGUGGAAAAGCGUCUGGGGCGAUAUUGUCGCGCUUUAUGCUUUGAUUAAGGCGGGGAUGAUCUCGAUACCUGUCAAAGUGGCGAGCGUUUGGCGCGAGAGCGCGACUACGCCUCGGCAAAGGGCGUUAUUCCUUCUCAGAGCUUUCAUCCUGACGGCUUGGGUCAUCUUCAACCUCGUCUUCACGUCCAAACAAGUGCAAUACUCCGAGAUACCCCUCUCCGGCGAGUGGGAUCGGAUGAUCCACAUGAUCUGUAGAGAGUUCGGGUGGUUCAUCUAUAACGUCUCCGCCUUGUUAGUUAUCCUCUUUCCUGGAGACAUUUGCGAGGCACGUGCGGGGACCAUGAUGUACACGGUUCUUCUGGGGCAAUCUCUGAUCGCCUGGUCUUAUCACUUCUUGGCCUACGUCCUGUUAACCACGGGCCGUGGGUUCUACUUCGCCCUAUGA